UAGAUUUAGUCACAGGCUGCUGCGGGGUGCAUCUCGGAUACGCCGGGGGGCAAAUCGACCGCACUCCCAGUCACGUGGUUUGAGCAUGACAAAGGUAUGAUGCGUUGUCAGCUGACUGCAGUAAAUUCACCGACCUUCUCUGCAAACACAGACCAGCAGCUGGAACACCAUCUUCUUGUCCAUCUAGACCUCUCUCUCCGAACCGAAUAAUGGCUAGCCAGUCCCAAGGUAUCCAGCAGCUACUGCAAGCUGAAAAACGAGCUGCAGAAAAGGUAGCAGAAGCCCGUAAACGUAAGAACCGUCGGCUGAAGCAGGCCAAGGAGGAAGCCCAGGCAGAGAUUGAGCAGUACCGUAUGCAGAGGGAGAAGGAGUUUAAGACCAAGGAGGCUGCGGCUCUUGGAUCCCAUGGUAACUCUGCUGUGGAGGUGGACAAAGAGACGGUAGGCAAGAUGGGCAGCAUCCAGACUAGCUACCAGCGGAACCGCGAAGGGGUGCUGGGCAAUCUGCUGAAGAUGGUGUGUGACAUCAAGCCAGAGAUCCAUGCCAAUUACCGUUUUGCUGGUUAGAAUCCCCCCCAUCCCUUAAACUAAGGAAGCACUGACACCCUCCCAUUGCACUGCCAUCAGUUUACAUGCUUCAUUGAUAAGUCUACUACACCCAUGGAGCAAACUCCUUUCUCUGCCUACUCACUUGAAUGCUCUAUUCAUAAGUCUUAUUUUCUCUAGAAAUUGAAUCAUCAGAUGGGUAUAAGAUUCACAUAGGUAGGCUAUACAUUUAUCUAGUCUAAUAUAAAGCAUAUUGACUCAAUUAGUUAAUCGAAGCAGGCAGAGGUUGUUUUGGUCUGAUGCAGUGCAAUGUCUCUGUGGUUCUGUCUUAUUGGCUUCUAGUAUCAAUGUGUUUCUGUGAUGGUUAGUGUAUAUGUGUGACAUCUAUUUAUAUGGACUUAUUUGUGGAGAUGAAUAAAGUACUAAUUCUAAUUAAUAGAAUUUUAGCCCAAAAAUAAGCAAUUCAAUUUUGAAAAUCAAUCUGUUUUGUUUUAAGUGUUUUCGUGCUAUGAAUAUAAGAUCCUGUGUGUGUGUGUAUAGUGGACAUUCUUCUGUUUAGACAUUGUGACAUUAUGAAACUUUAAUAAAGUGUUCUGGUGACUUUCAUCUCAA